AUGAACUGUGUUGCAACGCAAUGCAACAAAUGGCGGAGAAUGCAGGCAACCAGUGAGAACAGCACAACUGGCACCCCGGGCAGAGGGGAUAGACGGACCUCCAAGGCGUGCCCCGAGAUUUUCCUGGAGGAGCUCCGCUCCUCUCAGCUUGCCCCCUGCGAGGACAGACAAGGACCUCCUGGCGUGUGGAAGAUACGAUAUAUGGCCAUUAUUGAUCCCUUGAAACCUAGGCUCUCUGCAACUGCUACCAAGGUGGUCAUUUGGAGCAUAUGGAUUUUUGCAUUCCUGUUGGCCUUUCCUCAAUGCCUAUAUUCCAUAACCAAGGUGAUGCCUGGGAGAACUCUUUGCUAUGUAGCAUGGCCAGGUGGUCCAAAACAGCAUUUUAAGUAUCAUGUUAUUGUGAUUGUGCUGGUCUACUGCUUCCCACUGCUUGUCAUGGGCAUCACUUAUUCCAUGGUGGGAAUUACCCUCUGGGGAGGAGAAAUACCAAGCAACACAUCCAACGAAUAUCAUGAGCAGCUCAAAGCUAAGAGAAAGGUGGUAAAAAUGAUGAUUGUGGUUGUGCUGAUUUGCUGGCUGCCCUACCACAUUUACUUCAUAGUCACUGGGAUCUAUCAACAAUUAAACCGGUGGAAAUACAUUCAGCAAACCUAUUUAGCCAGCUUUUGGCUUACCAUGAGCUCUACAAUGUACAGUCCCAUUAUCUACUGCUGUCUUAAUAAGAGGUUCCGAGCUGGCUUCAAGGGAGCUCUGAGCUGGUGCCCCUUCAUUGAGGUGUCCAACUAUGAGGAGCUGGAGCUGAAGGCAGCCAGGUUCCACCCCACGUGGCAGAGCAGCCUCUACGCUGCGUCCAGGAUGGACUCCAGCAUGACGGUGGUGUUGGACACUAACGAUGGAGACAGCGUGCACGCCAGCCAUAAGAAAAGAGCAGCUCCAAGGGACCUGAACUUCAGUGGUUGUCACAGGAAUUCCAAGACUGUCUCCAUGGCCUCAAGCCUCAUCAGUUCACUGCACACAUCAGCAGAUGUUUAUUCCUAA